GUACGCUGAUCGUUUCAUCGAGCAAGAUCUUCUCCUCUUUUAUUAAAAAUUAAAAGCUUUUUGUUGUCCUCAUUUUUGCAAAUUGGAAUAUAACAUUGUUAUAAAAUUUAAUGUUUAAUAUAAAAUUAAGAUAAAAACAUAAUUUUUGAAAAUAUUUUUUGCUAGAAACUUAUAUUAUUUAUUCUUUAUUUAUUAAACCGCGGCUUACGGUUUCGUGAGUGCACAAAAAUCAAAUAUAAAUAAUCAAAAAAAAAAUUGUGAUUUUUUUAAGAAAACUAAAAAGGAUUAAUUAUAAACGAAAGGAUAUAAUAUAAAUAUUAUCAACUAAGAGAAAAACGAAACAAUUUUAAAAUAAACAAUCAUUUUUAAUUUUGAGCUAAAAAUUUACAAAAUUAAAAAAAUGGUUGGGUGUGUUUUUAGAAAUUCGUUUUUAUCGUUCGGUUUUUUAAUAUUUACUGCUCAAUUGACUUACGGAAACAUAUACUUAAGUGGCGAAUAUGCUAAUGACGUAAAUGCAUUUUUAGCUGAUCAAGCACACAUCAAUCAAAUUGACAUGUUAUCGAAUCCAUUUUUGAGCCAUGCUAUUAGUAGCAGAGCAGCUGGUUUUCGUGGACCGCAGUAUCUACCACCGGUUGAAAAACCGCAAUUGAUAUGUAAUGGGCAAGAAGUUUGUGUUAAAAAAAAUCAGUGUGCGGGAGGUUCUUUCACACAACAAAACUUGGUGUCUUCAAGACAGGAUUGCGACAACGAUGCAGAGGUAUGUUGCACAUACAGGCCAUCCGCACAACCAACCAAACCACCAAUACAAUCGACGCCAUGUACAGGCGGUAAUUAUGAUUGUGUGUCACCAAAUUUAUGCUCGAACGGUCAAAUUACGCAAACAGGCUAUGUGAAACAUCAAGCUACUGAUAAAUGUUAUGCGCCAGAAGUAUGCUGUAAAAUUCCAGACUCGACAAUUUUAACUGAAGAUGGUUAUGUUGUGCGUACACCAGAAAAACCAUUCCCGCAACCUCAGCCAUUACCCAGACCUCAACCAACUCCUUCUAGAACACAAGGACAACCAAGGCAACCAAUCGAACAACCGCCAUCCAUACCCUCAAGGCCAGCUUCACAACCAACAAAACCUAGGCAGCCAAUUACUGGAACUCUACCAACCCCGUCCAGACCAGUUCCUGGAUCACCAUCACAACCAAGACAACCGGUCUCUGCUUUAGAACCAACACCAUCAAGACCGGGACCUCAUUCUCAACCUGCUCAACCAAGACAAACAAUUCCCAGACCUCAAAUACAAACAGAUAGAGGUUAUUUACCACCAAUCCAAUCAGGACAACUCCCAUCACGUGAACAAGGCCAACCACCAUUGCGACAACCAGGAAGUCAACCAUCACUUCAAGUAACAUACCAGCCAUCACAACUAACAUACCAACAACCACAACUACCAUCUCCACCACCUGGACAAGCCUUACGUCAACCAGUUCAAACACCACGUCAGCCAACGAGUGGUUAUAUUCCCCCUAGAAGUCCAGCAGGACCUACAACUGGUGAAGGAAUAUUGUCAUUGCCAAUUUUGCCAUCAAAAAAACCAGGUCAACCAGUGCGACCAGUUUUAAGUAAUGAUAUUCCAGAAAGUCAGUUACCUACUAAAUGUGCUGCUGCCUUAAAUUGUACCAGAUCGGAAUACUGUUCAGCUACAGGUGUCAUAUCAGAUACCCCAGUAGUUUUAAGCGAAGAUCAGGAAAUUUAUCGCGUACCAAUGACGUCAUGUUAUAAUCCAGAAGAAGGAUUCAAUGGUGUGUGCUGUCGCGAUCCAAAUUAUAAAGAUCCUUGGCCAGCUAGCCAAUUAGGACAAUAUAAAGCUGAAUUAUUUGGUGAUACUGGAGCCUAUAAACCAAGUACAAGAACACAACGUCGCGCAAAUAACAAUCUGGCAACUGAGGCGCAAUCUGCGUCUAAUCAUUCAAGGCGACAAGCACCAAACAGUCGCGUUGCGAGAUGUGCUAGCAGAAAUUUUAAUUCAGUUUUACAAGGUGAUACUUCUAUAGACGCAGCUUUUGGAGAAUAUCCCUGGCAAGCUAUGAUACUUUUGGAAUCUAAAAAAUCUUUGAUUUGUGGUGGCGUUAUCAUCGCCGAUGAUAUGGUGGCAACCAGCGCUCGUUGUGUACAAGGACGCAAGCCAUUUGACGUUAUUAUUAAAGGCGGCGAAUGGAAACUUGGAAGUGAUAUAGAGCCGAUAACUUUCCAAAAUUCACGGGUUAAGCGUAUAGAAAUACAUCCAAAUUAUGAUUCAGUAAAAUUCAAUAACGACAUCGCAUUAUUACAUUUGGAUUCUAAAUUGAAGUUUGAUAUUCACAUUGCUCCACUAUGCAUUGAUGACAGCGAUCCAGAUGAAAAUGAGGAAUGUUAUGUAACUGGUUGGGGAAAAGAGGUUUUAAAAGUUCAUUUACAAGACGCUAUUAUGCAUCACUCAAAAGUAACCGUACUUGAUCGUCAAAACUGUAAUGCUAGUGCUGAUCAAUUAUGUGGAAGGCCGGUUCUCAAUGCAUGUGACUUAGAUUAUGGUAGCGCUUUAGCAUGUUCGAACGGUAGUGGAAAUUGGGUCAUGAAAGGUAUAUACUCAUCAGAAAAUCAAUGUGGGGACCAAUCAAUUAUAACAUUUACUAAACCAGAUUCAAUAUUUAUGAAUCCAAGUUUUAAAAAUGAAAAAGCAUUUGCAACUAAUUUUUUACCAGUAAAUCGUUAUUAAAAAUUCAAUUCAAAGGAGUAAAUGUAAACAAUGAUAAACGAAAAAAAUUAAAUAGAUACGUAUAUGAAUUAAAUAGACUAUAAAAUAUAUUAGAUUUUAAAUUUAAUAUAUGUAUAUUAUUAUAAUUAAUUAGUUUUAUAUUUUAGUAUAUUAAAAUUUAACAAAAAUAUCAUAAAAGUUAGGAGCAAAUAAAGCAUAAAUAAAAUAAAAGGCUAAUAUAAUGCCAAAUACUGUAACAGCUAAAAAUAAAA